UAUGUGAUUAUUUGGAACACAAUGGAAAUCAGUGGACAUCAUGGAGAGAGAAGGCGAAACCAAAUUUGAAAAUUCGACAUCGGUAAUUCAGUAGUUAAGAAUAACUCAAUCGAUUAUGUAGAUUAACUAGUUAUAAACAAAUAUAUGAAGUAUAAAUUCAAAUUAUUCUUAUCCAUCUAAAAAUUGGAAAUUAAAAAGCAGAAGACAAGAAAUUAUCUUCGAGGAUUUAUAUAGUAAAUACAUUCUUUUGCCUGUCUUACCUAGAGAUAAAACAGUUGUUUGAUGGUUAUCUUAUAGUGUUCAGUCAUUGCGAAAAAUAUUUUUAAUUAGUUAAAAACUAUAAUUAAUUAAAAACUACAUUUUUUAUGUAUAUAGACGUUAGCGAUGUAUUAUUCCGGGAAGCUCGUCUAUCUCCCGAACAUCGGGUUUGCGACAACAUCGAUUUGGAAAUUAUCGUUGCAGAGUAUGAAAAUUAUUACAAGAUGAAAUUUCAAAAAUAUCCCAUAUUGUGUAAGAAAAUAACUGGAAGGGAAAUGACGAGGGAAGUGACAAAUGCAAGCAAAACUGUUUGUAGAAGUAUUGAGACAAAAGCCAAAUCUGUUAGUAAACAAGCGAGAAGUGAGCCUGUGAAAGAGACGAAUCUACAGCAGAAGAUAACUGAUGACAAUACGAAUCAUAUUAAUCUCGCAAUGACAGUGACGUCAAUAUUCCCCAAUGAGAAUGAUGGACGUUCAUCAGAAGAGCUAUUUAACGUCCCAAUGGAACAAUCCAUGCAAUCGAAGAUAUUGAAAUGCGUUGAAAAGCUUUAUUCAGAUAAUCCGGAAUUACGAAAGAUUGCUGAGGACAUCUCAUGCGAGAUCAUAGUAAACAAAUUAAAUGUACAUUGGGAUGACGUUAUAGGCCUAGAGGAAUGUAAAACCGCUGUUAAGGAGGCCGUUGUGUAUCCCCUUAAGUAUCCUAUCUUUUUUGAUGGCCCGUUUUCCCCCUGGAAAGGUAUUUUGCUGUACGGCCCACCUGGUACAGGGAAAACGAAGUUAGCGAAGGCAGUCGCGACAGAAUGCCAUUGCACCUUUUUUAACAUAACUGCCAGCUCAUUGGUCAGCAAAUGGAGAGGCGAUUCCGAGAAGUAUAUACGUGUAAGUUGCUUUGUCUAUGUUUUAUUUGAACUUGCCUAUAGUCAUUCGCCUACAAUUAUUUUUAUCGACGAGAUUGGCUGGAUCGCCACAAAUAAAGGAGACUGUAUAUUGUCUGAACCUGCAAAGAGAUUCAGAUCAGAACUUCUUUCUAGAUUGGAUGGAUUAGUGUCUAAUGAGAAUUCUAAUGUAGUUCUUCUGGCUACAACUAAUUCCCCUUGGGGCAUUGAUGCAGCUUUACUCAGGCGUCUCGAAAAGCAAAUAUACGUAUCAUUACCCAAUGAAGUUGCUCGACUUGGUAUAUUCAAAUUAUACCUUAGCAACCACUUAUUAGAAAAUACAGAUAUUGUAAACCACAUAGUAAAAUGUACUGAAAGAUAUUCUUGUGCAGAUAUAAAAUUGCUUUGUAAGCAAGCGUGGCUACUAGAAAUAAGCCCGAUAUGGAGGAGACUUGAAAAGAAAGAAACACCUGUUACCACUUUGAAAUAUGAAUUAAAAAGUUAUGAAAUAUUAGCAAAAUUGUUAAAAAAAAUGUCACCUACAGUUAUGCAAAUAGAUAAAUAUGAUACGUGGAACAAAUAAAUACGCAAUCGUAAGGACAGAUAUUGAAAAAUAUAAAUAAAUGGAUUAUCGUUCGAGAAAUCAUUCGUAUGUGUGUGCAUGUGUGUGCGCGCGCGCGCUAUAGGCUAAGUUUAAAAUGUUCGGUUGUAUUAUAUCCUUGUAUUAUAUAUGUCGGAGAUGAAAGGAAAACCGGAGCCUUCCCUUUGCAAUUUUGAGGAAGCCUUCUAAUGCUUUAGCCUAGAUUUUAUCAUAACUGUAAUUAAGCAAUUGUCAUUUGUAAUUGUUUGAUAUUUGUGAAAGCGAAAGUGGGUUCGAGGUGACAACUGGUCGCCGAACGUAGCCACGGUCACGGGAUAAACGUUUUGCCUGACGAAGGUGUGGAUCGGUUGUAUUGUUCUCCCUAGAAAUCACAUAGAAUUGUACUUUAGAGAUGUCGAUAUAAUGGGACACACGUUGUAUUAGGAAUCAAUCUCCAGACAGAAACUGCCUAGUAACGGCGUUUGAAUCUUUCUCGAUGUUUCCAAAGAGUAUACAACAAACUUUUGACAGAAAUUGCCUAGCAACAACGAUUGGAACCUUCUCGAUGUUUCCAGCGAGCAUAUAACAAACAAAUGCAAUCGUAUAGCGAAAAAGAUUUUCAUCAGAUAUUCAUUCGUGUGAUCACCUUGGAAAGUGAUACAUCGAGCAAUUUACCGAGUGUCUCAGCAAUUGUAGUUUGUGUUUAAAAUUAUUCUACACAUAGUAAAGAGUUAUCCUGUUGACCGUGGAUUCGUUUGAACCCCGGAACAUUGUUAAUAGCGUUAAUUAAAUUCAUUAUUCGUGAAACUUAUCAAUCGUUAAUCUCAUUAUACGUUAAAUUCAUUAUUCGUAAGACAUAUUAUUCGUUCCUCUUAUUGUUCGUUAAACUUAUUAAUCUUUAAUCUAAUUAUUAGUUAAACUUAUCGUUUGUUAAUCUUAUUAUUUAUUAAACUCAUUAUUCAUAAUAUUUUGUAAAACCUUGUUUAUUCGCGUAAAUAUAUUCUCUGUUUCGUAAAACAAUGGCUAAUUCAAACGAAGGAUCAUUACGCGCCUUAAAUCCUAAUGAUAACCCGACAUAUAUAUGUGAGUGUAUUUUAUCAAAAAUAUGUUUUUUAUGUUUUCUUAUCUUAGUAAUUAUUUUUAAAAAAGCCUUAAAGUCUUAUAUGAAAAUAAAGCUGUUCUUUAUUUCAAAUAAUUGAAGUAAAUAAAUACAAUGAGUUUUAUAUUUUA